AUGUCAUUUACACAAAUUGAAGAUUUAUCUAAUGAAAUUUUUUUUGAAAUUUUUGACUAUAUUGAAUAUAAUGAUUUAUUCAAUGCAUUUUUAAAUUUAAACAAUCGAUUUCAAAAUCUUCUCAAUUAUCCAUUUCUUCGAUUAAAACUUCAUAUUGAUCAUCAACCGGAAUUUGCAGUUCAAAAAUACUAUACAGAAUUUGUUAUUCCAAACAAAUAUCGAAUAGUUUCUCUUUAUUUACAUGAUCAAUUAGAUAUCAUUAGUCAAUCAUCAUUAGAUAAUAACAAUUCAUCAUUUAGUCGUCUUGAAUCACUUGUUCUCAAUCAAGUUCAAUGUCAGAAAUUGAUUUCAAUUUUUCCCAUUUUAACAUCUCUACCUCGUCUUUUUUCAAUAACUAUUAACUUUAUUGAUAAUACAGUAGAUCUUACUGAAAUAUAUCGUCUGAUAUUUCUUUUACCAUAUUUGAAAAAAGUCGAACUUUCAGCAAGAAGAAAUUCAUUGAUGAUAUCAUUACCAAUGAAUACAUAUGAACAUUACAGUUCUAUAAAACAUCUAAUUAUCAAGCACGUUUGUUAUGUCGAAGAACUCAUUGUUUUACUUCCAUAUACACCUCGACUUACUCAUUUGACUUGUAUCGAAUUAUCCAAACAAUAUCAAGACAUUGAAAGAAUGCAAUCAAUAAUGAUGGAGAAUUUAACUAGUAUUACAUUAAAUAUAUGUGAUGUACAAUUCGAUGAAUUUGAAAUUUUUAUUAAAAAAAUAUGUAAACAACUUCGAAUUUUAUCUAUCGACAAAAUUCAAGAUAUUGCUUAUCUGAAUGCUAAUCGAUGGGAACAAUUAAUUUGUAAAUAUAUGCCAUAUUUACAUAUAUUUAAAUUUGAAUAUGACGAACAUUAUUAUCAACCUAUUGAAUGGAGUUCUUAUCAUAGUCAACUCAAUCAAUUUACUUCAUCAUUUUGGAUUAAUCGAGGAUGGUUUUUUCAAAUAACAGCUGAUAUAGAUUAUUGGCCACCUAUUAAAAUAAGUUAUUCCAUUUGUACAGAUAUGAAAAAAUACUCUACAAUGUAUGAACAAAUUGUUCCUAUGAAAUUAGAACUUAUUCAUCUUUAUUUUGCUCCAUCUCGACAAGAUUUAAUUGAUACAACUUUACACUUUUUUACAAAUCUUCAUCUUAAUCGUGUAGAUGUUGAUUGUAAGAAAUUGUCUUAUAAUAAAUUUAUUCAACUUUUGCAUAUGUUACCAAAUCUUAAUGCAUUGAAAAUCUUAUCUUUGUCUUCUUUCAAUAUAAAUUGUUUAUCACAGGAACAAAUAGAAUCUAUUCAAUUAUGGUCAAGAACAAAUCAAAUUACAAAAUUAAUACUCGAAUAUUUUAUUGAUCAAAAUGAUUUCGAAAAAAUUCAAUUUUUUAUUAAUCUUGUUCCUCAAAUAGAAUAUUUACAAGUAAAAUGUGAGAAGAAUUUCAAUAUUGAAUUAAUUGUACAACAUAUUUUAUUCAAGACAAUUGAUAAAUUUCUUAAUUUCAAUUUAUUAUGUUUAUAUGUUAAAAUAGCAAAUGAUAUUAUGAUCAAACAAUUACAAAUUAUGAUUAAUCGUGAGAAACUUCUUCAUAAUUAUCAAAUUACACGUUCAACUGAUAGAAUAUAUAUCGACAAUGGAAAUUAA